UUGCUUCAAGCCGGUCACUGCUCACGCCCUUCGCAUGCCGUCGGUCUUGUCCUCUAUAUACGAAGACUGUAACCACCGUCACACUCCGCCUUCUCUCUCCCUGUGGAAUUUGGUUCGGCGUCGAUCCAAACGCGUAAAAUUCCAUACCAGUUCGAUCCCCAAUUUCUUUUUAUCAAUCGUUUCUUGGUGGUUUCUACUCGCUAUGAAGAAGGAGAGGGGCCGAUUCCGCCUAACUUUCCCUUAAUUUCUUAAGUAGUUUUGCCUUGAGCUGCAUGGUCAAAAAGUCCAAGCUUUUUGCAAAAAUCAGAGAUUAACAAUGGGUGGCUCCAUGGGCUAUGAGAAGCUGGGGCAAAAUGCCAUAAGAUAUGCAUCGAUCAAGGUUUAUCAUUUCUCUCUUCUGCUUUCUCCUGUUGUGUCUGUCUGGGAUUGCAUUGUUCGCAAGAUGAGAUACUCCUUCAGGCCUGAAUGGGUGUAGAUCUGUGAUAGCAUAUAUUAAUUAGUCCUAUUAGUGUAAGAGCAGAUAUGUGUUUUCAGUUUUGUUUUCUUGUCAUAGUAUAUACUCUUUUUUGAAGACAAUAAGCAAAGUCAGUAGUUAAAGAGAUUGACAGUUAUGGAGAAAGUUGGACAUGGUCAAGCAUCCCAGCAUGUGAGGAAGGCGAAGAAAAAGCAGGCCAAAAAUGAACUUGAUCGCUUGAAGCAAGCCGAGAAGAAAAGAAGGCGCCUGGAGAAAGCACUUGCAGCUUCUGCAGCCAUUCGGUCUGAACUGGAGAAAAAGAAACAGAAGAAGAAAGAAGAACAGGAACGUCUGGAUGAGGAAGGUGCUGCAAUAGCAGAAGCUGUUGCUCUGCAUGUGCUUCUGGAGGAAGAUGCAGAUGAAUCAUGCCAGAUCAUGCUGAAGAACAAUAAAAGAUUCAAUUCUUUAGACCAUUCCAGCAACACUGGCCUUUUCAUGGGAUAUCAGAGCACUGCAAGCAAUUCUGCUGAAGGACCAGGAUCAUUAUCUGCUUCUUAUGGCCCUUGGUGCACUUGGAAUUACUUGGGGAGUGGACGAUCGCUGUAUCCUGGAAUGCAUGCAAGAGAAUUGCAAUUGCCUUAUUACAAACAUGCAGGUCAAGGAGCAGAUAUCUCAGCAGGCCUUCUAGCAGCACAGGCUGUCUCAUCACUGCAAAUAGCAGAAAACUCACAAUGGGAUCCAAUUGCUGGCCGCCGAGCUGCAACUGUUGUCAUCGAUAGGAUGUUGGGAGGGAAUGCUUUGCGUGACAGAGCCAAUCUCUAUUUUGAUUUUUAACUGGAUUAUCUAGCAGACUUGUAUGUACUCAUCUCCAGUGUGCUUUUGUUUGUUAGUAAGCUGUCCGUCCUUGAUACUGAAUGCUACUGUUGUGUUAUGCCUGGAGUUUUUGCCUGUAGUCAUCAGGGAGUUUUAUCUUUCUGUAAGAUGAUUCUGAAAAAUUAUAGCAUGACCUGUUUCUGCACUAUGAA